CAUUCUCCUCGCGUUCUCCUGCAGGCUCAGAGUCACGCAGGCUCAUCCACUGCACAUCCGAAAUCGACUGAUUCUCUUACCUCUGGUUCACCGGAAUUCUUUGCGUCUGGAUGAAAAGAUAACCAUGACUGCAUCCGCUCACCACCACCGGCCGACUCUCAAGCAGCAAAACAAAUCGUUCAAGUCCAAACAUGCCUCAAAAGGAGCCUUGAAAGAGGCCGCGAAAGGCAAGACUGCUAGGCAGUCGCCAAAAUCUACGCCGGCCUCGAAUGUUGCCGCACAAACACGACUAAACCGGCGCAACAACUCAAAACAAGCACAGAUUAAGAAGCGACAAGAGCUCGUCUCAGCAACCCGCAUCUUCAACGGAGUAGAUGGUGCUCCGCGCAUCGUCGCAGUCGUCCCUCUUGCGGACGAUGUAUCAGCACAAAACGCCGCAGUGGCAUUGGCACAGUCUUUGGACCCAUCUGCCGAGGGUUCUUCAAACGGGGAAGUCUGGAAGCUCAGAGCAGACCGCUUCAAGACCUCCCUGCAAUUCAUCCCCCUCCCAUACAAACAACUAUAUGCAACCCUCGAUGCGUGCAAAGCAGCCGACUACGUCGUCUUCGUCCUCUCCUCAACCGUCGAGGUCGACGGCUGGGGCGACACCCUCCUGCGCACGCUCCAAGCACAGGGCCUCCCCGAAGUCGUUACCGUCGUCUCCUCCUCUGAUGGCCCGAUGGAGCCGAAGGAAAAGUCGGGCAUCAUGAAGAGCCUGCUGAGCUUUAUUCAGUACUUCGUUCCGAGCCAGAGCAGAGUGUACGACAUGCACACGGGCGCGGACGCGCUCAACGCGAUGCGCGGGCUGUGCGAGGGCCGCCCGAGCGACGUCAAGUGGAGGGAGGGCAGGACGUGGGUGGUCGGCGAGCAAGUACGGUGGGAGGAUGGGUCCCUCAGAGUGACGGGUGUGAUUAGGGGCGCGCCGCUGUCUGCGAACAGGCUAGUGCAUCUGCCGAACUACGGGGACUUCCAGAUAUCCAAGGUCAUGUCUGCGCCUCUGCCCCGCCGUUCGAAGGGUUCUUCAGAGGACGUGAUGGAGAUCGAACCGACGCUCCUUGCCGAGCCAGAGGUCUCUUCCGCGGAUUCUCUCGUCUCGAGCAACGACCCCGACGACAUGGCGAACGAGCAAACUUGGCCCACGGAAGAGGAGAUGCGCGGCGCACCAAACGGCAGCACGGCAGACGGCAUCCCCGACGCCAACGUCGGGACGACGCCUAAACGGGUACGGAAGGUACCCAAGGGCAUGAGCGAGUACCAGGCUGCUUGGAUCGUCGAUGAGAGCGACGAAGACGAAGAAGAGGGUGAGGAGGGGCAGCCCGGUGAGCCAGAAGGCGACGAGGAGAUGCAGGAAGCAGAAGAGGAGGAAGAGAUGGUGGAGCUGCCUGACCAGGAGAUGGAGACCGAGAGCCGGCGGAGCGUUGCGUUCCAGGACCUGGAUAUGGAGGAGGAAGAUCGACAGCUUGAGAAUUGGCGCUCGCGCAAUCACGAACAAGAGGAGAAGGACGACCUCGCUUUCCCCGACGAAAUCGAUACACCACUAGACGUCACCGCGCGAACUCGCUUCCAGCGAUACCGUGGUCUGCGAUCGUUCCGCACCAGCCCAUGGGAUCCCUACGAAAACUUGCCUCGUGAAUACGCAAGGAUCUUCCAGUUCGAGGACUACAAGCGGACUGAGAGGGCUGUGCGGAAGAGAGCAGAAGAAGACGGGACAGGCAUUGAGCCUGGCACCCGGGUCACUGUCUUCGUGAAGGACGUACCUGAGGAAGUUGCCAAGCAGAGCUCAGCAGCAGCUCCCUUCAUUCUCUUCGGUCUUAUGCAGCACGAACACAAGAAGACCGUGCUGAACUUCGCCGUGCAGCGCAACACGGAGUACGACGGCUCCGUGCGGUCCAAAGACCCUCUCAUUCUUUGUGUGGGCCCGCGCAGGUUGCGCGUCAACCCAGUCUACAGCCAACAUACACGCGGAGGAGGGAAGGGCGCGAACAACGUGCACAAGUUCGAGCGAUACCUGCGGCAUGGUGUCACGAACGUGGCGACCACGUAUGGCCCUGUUGUGUUCGGCCAGCAGCCUUGCUACUUGCUCAGGGAUACCGAAGACCCUCAGGCACCGGAACUGGUAGCCAUGGGCAGUUUCAUGAACCCGGAUACGACACGCAUCAUCACCAAGCGUAUCAUUCUCACUGGGCAUCCCUUCAAAGUGCACAAGAAGACCGCCACUGUGCGGUAUAUGUUCUUCAACUCAGACGAUAUCAACUACUUCAAGCCUAUCCAACUGUACACCAAAUACGGGCGAACAGGUCACAUCAAGGAGUCCUUGGGUACGCACGGAUACUUCAAGGCGCAUUUCGACGGGCCGAUCAACCAGAUGGACACGGUCUGCAUGUCGCUAUACAAGCGUGUCUACCCGAAGUGGAGCGACCUAUGGAAAGAGCCCACGACGGCUUCGUCUUCGGACGCGAUGGAGGAGUGAGAGUCUUACUGGGCAUAUGUCGUCUACUGUUGUAUCCUGUUUUGGAUGUAUCUUGCAUAGAUGUACUUUGGAUACUCAUCACUUUGGCUCUGCGACACA